GUGUCCGUGAAGGGGCAGGGGCCCAGGCAACCCCAGCGCUGCCUCCCAUGGAGCAUCUGUCUCUCUCCCGUGGCCCCCUCUGCAGGCAACAACCUCUCCCACCCACGCCUCACAGCCUCUCCAACACUCCUCCUACCCAGAAGCAGCCCUCACCUGCCUCUGUGGUCCAGGCCUGUGAAGCGUUCACCCACUUGUCCCGAGACCCAUCAGAAAGAGCUUGAAGACUGCUGUGAGCCCUGGGAGGGGAGCCUGGCUGUGUGUGCGGGCCUGAGCUUGGCGAAUCCAUCCUAGCAGCCCGUCCUCAGGGGGAGAUGUGGUUCUGGCAGCCCUGCUUGGGGGUGGGAGGGAGGGUCUGUCCUGCUCUCAGGCCCCCAGGCAGGCCCUAGACCGGGAGGGGGGUGGCACAGGCUGCUCUGGUCCAGGUCACCCCGCUCCAGGGCUGUGGGUGUCCUGAGGCCAGGAUGCACGCCCCUGAGUGGCUGGAGGCCAAGUUCACCGUGGUCCUCUCAGGGAGGUUGCACCCCCACCCACCAUCCGUCCUGCUAUAACCCUGCCCAGGGCUCAGGGCGCGGAGCAGAUGCUCAAUGGGGGCCGGGCUGCUGAGCGCCCUCCUGGGCCUCGCGCUGGUGCAGAUGACCCCGCAGGGCCUGGACCUGCAGAAGAUGGUAGGAUUCUGGUGGGAAGCUGGUGUGGCCUCCAGAGAAAACUUGGCACUGAAGACCCCGAGGAGGCUGGAGGCCUUGUUCCUGACCUUGAGUGGGGAGACGCUGACCGUGACGGUUGCCUACAACAACUCAGGAAGUUGUCAGACUGAAGAAAUAGUGAGCUCAGAAAUGAAUGUUUUGGGGAAAUUUGUGUUUCCUGGCCGCAGGGAGAUCCACGUGAUGGACACGGACUAUGAGCAGUACGCCAUCCUGCGCGUGUCCCUCCAGUGGCAGAACAAUGAGUUUUACGUGUUCAAGUAUUUCACUCGGAGCCUGGGCGGCGAGUGUGAGCCUGGGUUCCUGAAAUUCCGGGAGCUGACCACAGACAUGGGGCUGUACCUGGUGGGCCGGCACGGGAGGUGCGCCAGUCUCCUGCAGGGGCUCCGAGAGACGGGACUGUGACCUCACUUCGCAGGCAGAGAAGCUGAGGCCCAGGCCACUCAGCUAGGACACCCACUCCUGGCUGGGGCCCUCGGGUUCGGACGGCGCCCCGAAGCCUUGCCCUUCUCCGUCGCAGCAGCUGACCUAGGGGAGCCCCCGCCCCCAUGGGGAUGCUUGGAGCCCCGCCCACCCGGCCUCCCUGGGCCGCCAGCCCUGGGGGCCACCUGCAGCUGCUCCGCCGGAAUAAACUCU